AUGCAUCAGUACAGAAAGACAAAACCACUUAUCCCCAACAUAGACGUCAUGAACUUCGAUCAUGAUAGGAGAUCGUCUAUGAUUGCUGGAAAUGGUAGGAAGAAGUUCGACACGCCCAGGAAGGACAAUGUGUUCGGCAAGAAGCGCGCUCAGGAGACUGUCACCGAGACUCCGCUCCAGCAAAUGAGCAACGUCGACGAACCAUCUUCCAGUUUUAUGAUGCAUCCAAUCCAGAACAAGGAGCAGCUACUAGAUAAUCCCCCUAUAUUCAACAACAGUCCGCAGUAUUUCCCAGAUCUGAACUAUUUAUCUCCAUGGCACAGUUAUUCAAACGGUGUCGGCACCCCAAUACCAAUUAACAGUUCCAUGAUUGGGAACCCAAACCUUUCCAACGUCCCCAUGACCAAGACGUACGAUCCCUACGAUGUUCCACAGUCGAGCUUUCCUGCCUAUUUUAAUCCGCGCGCAGCGCUGAACAUGCCCCACCGCGAGAAGGUUAACCAAUGGAUAGAAAAUGUUCCAAUACAUAUUGUUCACGAAGAGUACCUGACUCACGACUGCUAUAGCAUUGACGAGUACAUGAACUGGGAGGAGGAUGAAUUUGACAUGUCUUUGUUCCAGCGCGGGGAGAAGACCCAGAUUAAUAUGGCAACCGUCGACGAACUAUUACAAUUCCAGCUGAAACGGAUAACCUCCAUGGUUUUAAGACUAUACGAGGAAAGCCCGGAGGUCCCAUUGGACAACUCUGAUGCUACAUCUUACUGA